AAGCAGGCAGGCAGGGCAGGGAGAGAAGUAAGUGUUCGUAUACCACAAGCCUGUGUUCCUCUCACUGCAUGUGUGAGCUGUACAAUACCCUUGAGGCUGUCACAGACAAAAACAGAGGGGAGAGAGAAAAAGAGAGAGAGAGAAAAAUAGAGCGAGGGAGGGAGACAGACAGAGGAGAGGGCAGGAAAUAGACCUUGAAGAGAAACAGAGACUCUCUCUCACUCACUCACUCACUCACACACACACCCACACGGAGGACUGAGGGAGGACCGUACAUUCUCUCGGUCUCUACUCUACGCUCAGGACAAAGCAAUACACCGGUUUAACUUUAGAGCCUCUCCUGUGACACCAGCACAGAGACACCGUCAACUGCUUCACGACAGGAGAACGAGGGUGGAAAGCCUGGAUCAUUUUCAAACAAAGAGGACAAAGGAGGAUCGUGGACUGUAUUGAUAAACAUUUUAACAAGAAAAGAGGAGGAUUACUAUAAAGAACUCUCCACAUGUGAAUUAUUACAUUAUAUUAAACCCUUCUUCUCUGCGAGGACUUGGACCGGAGAACGGUUACAGGAGUUAUUCUGAGCGUAGUAAAGUUUUUGUUUGUGGCUGCCUGAGUGGCUGGCUGCUGUCUGAGUAAGUACAGCUCUCUGUCUCAGCCAGUUAGUCCUGCAGCCUCGGGGAGUCCUGCCCGGCAGGGGACAGGGGGAGGGUAGGUAGGUGGAAGCUGCAGCGUGGAUCCCCAGUCCUAUGGGGAAGGAAGGGGUCCUCUUCCAACACCACCGUCACCAACAUGGCAACAAAAUGGGGUAGGAAACAUAGUGAUCAUGGAGAUUUUGGAAUGAAAACUUUGGUGUUUUAACGGUUUGUUCAAGAGUUUACACGGUUUAGAGGCGUUUUGUGUUCUGCCUUUGUGUUGUGCCUCGCUGGACAUUCGUGGUGGAUUGGGGACCAAGAAUUGAGUGAAAUACUUUCCUUGUAUAGUUGUUACACAACCCACCGACCCCCCCCACACCCCCCGACACCUCCCUCAGUGUUCCCUUGCUUCCUCAACAACAUGAACAAUACCACCCUGAUCUCACUGGCCAUGUCGACAGACAACUUCACCCUGAUGAAAUACGGUCUUGGUGGGAUUAUCAGAUCAAGCAUCACUCCUUUGCUGCACCAACUCAACUCCUCCGUCUCCUCAGACAGUUCCAACUGCACCAAGAACGAUGGCUUUAAGUACCCUCUCUACAGCACCGUGUUCAGCCUGGUGUUCAUUGUGGGGUUGAUCACUAACAUGGCAGCCAUGUAUAUAUUCACCUGUACUCUCAAGUUGAGGAACGAGACGACGACCUACAUGAUCAACCUAGUGGUGUCAGACCUUCUCUUUGUCUUCACACUGCCUCUCAGGGUCUUCUACUUCCUUAACCAGGACUGGCCGUUUGGCGGGAUACUCUGCAAGCUCUCCGUCUCAUUAUUUUAUACCAACAUGUACGGGAGUAUUCUAUUCCUCACUUGUAUUAGUGUGGAUCGGUUCCUGGCCAUCGUUCACCCGCUCAGGUCACGGGCGUUGAGAACAAAGAGGAACGCUAAGAUGGUGUGCGUGGCGGUCUGGGUUCUGGUGUUGGCAGGGAGUCUACCGACGGGGUUUAAACUGGAGACCACAUCGCCACACCACAACCACUCCACCGCACGGUUCUGUUUCGAGAACUUCUCAUCCACGCAGUGGAAGUCCCACCUCUCCAAGGUGGUAAUCUUCAUCGAGACGGUGGGUUUCCUGAUCCCCUUGCUCCUCAACGUGGUAUGUUCCGUCAUGGUUCUCCAGACCCUGAGGAGACCCCAGACCAUCAGCCGCGGGGGGAAACUCAACAAAACCAAGAUCCUUCGAAUGAUCGUGGUUCAUCUCUUCAUUUUCUGCUUCUGUUUCAUCCCUUAUAACGUCAACCUAGUCUUCUAUGCCCUGGUUCGAACUGGGACGCUGAAGGGCUGCGCUUCAGAGACCGUGGUCCGAACUAUCUAUCCUAUCGCUCUCUGUAUUGCUGUGUCUAACUGCUGUUUUGACCCGAUCAUCUACUACUUUACCUCGGAGACCAUCCAGAACUCAAUCAAGAGGAAGUCCACGAUCAGCCAGGCAUACGACAUUAAGUUCUCUGAGGCACUGCAGAGUGAGACCAGCGCCAACUUCCACUGCAGCCUGAGGACACUGAAAGACAAGGUGUUUAGCAACACCGAGUCUUCUGUUUGACACUGGGGGGUGUGGAGGGACUGACUGGCUGGCUGGUUGACUGGUUAGCUGACUGGCUGGCUGUAUGGCAGGCUUACUGGCUGACUGGAUGGCUGGUUGACUGGUUAGCUGACUGCCUGGCUGUAUGGCAGGCUUACUGGCUGACUGGAUGGCUGGUUGACUGGUUAACUGACUGGCUGGUUGACUGGUUAGCUGACAGGCUGGCUGUAUGGCAGGCUUACUGGCUGACUGGAUGGCUGGUUGACUGGUUAGCUGACUGGCUGGCUGGUUGACUGGUUAACUGACUGGAUGGCUGGUUGACUGGUUAA